AUGCGUUACUCCUUGAACAUCAUCGCCCUCGCGGCUCUCGCGUCGGCCGCGCCCACCACCACCGCGCCCAUGGACUUCGAUGCCAUCAUGGGUGCCGCUGCACCCACCCUGACUGGACCUCCUGCCCUGGCCACUGGCCAGACUGGCGUCUACGACGCGGCUGCUGCAUCUCAAUCUGCCGCCGCCGCUGUCACCGGCGUCGCUUCUGCCAGUGCCACUCAGUCCGUCGCGGCUCGUGGCCUCGACAAGCGCACUUUCUGCUUCUUUGGCUUCUGCUGGGGAUCUCCCUCCACCACUUCGUCCGCCAAGACUACCUCGAUCUGCACUACUUCCACCACUCCCGCUGCCGUCACCACUCCCAAGACGACCGCUCCUGUCACAACUACGGCCGUGACCACUGCCACUGCCGCUACCAUCACCACUGCUCCCACCGCGCCUUCGACCUGCACCCCGGUCAGCUGGACCAACACCUUCGCGUUCACCACUGCUUCUGGUUGCGCUGAACCUUUCGAGGUUGGCACUUACUGCGGAUUCAUCAACCCUGAGGACCCUUGCGCUGUCCAGCCCGAUGGAUACGGUACUCAGGUCCAGCCCGACACCGUCGAGGCUUUCCAGUCUUUCGCCCAGUUCCACAAGGAGGCUCAGUCGGCCGCCAACCCCUCCGGAUACGCCAACACCUUCAAGGACCUGAGCGCUGCUGUCAACGCCAACAGCUACCUCGGUCUCUACACCCUCAAGAGCUACGACGUCGCCGCCUGCGCUGCCAAGUGUGACGCCACCAACCUGUGCACCGGUAUCAACAUCUACGUCGAGCGUGACCCCUCCAUCAACCCCUCCGGCUGCUCUUGCACCAACCCUGCCUCCAUCUCCAACUACAAGUGCACUCUCUGGGGCUCCGGCGUCGACAAGGCUGCUGCUGUCAACACCGGCCAGACUCGUGAUGGCUUCCAGGUCGUGAUCACCGGCUCCAACGGCUACGAGAAGACCAACACCACCACUCCCACCACUCCCUCCGGCUGGACCAACCCCCAGGGCUGCGGCGGUGUCGUCCACUCCCACCCCAGCACCUGCAUGGGACAGAAGUUCUUCCCCGGUCCGUUCGAUGCCAGCCUCUGCGCUACCUACGCCGCUGCCCAGAACGCCCAGAACUCCAAGUCUGUCGGCCUCAGCUCCUGGGCCAGCUUCCUCGGCUACAGCCCUCUGAAGUGCAACUUCUUCAACGCCUUCAUGGUCAAACAGAACGGUAUUGCCAAGGGUACCUACUGCAGUCUCUUCACUCAGCAGUACAACCCCUCUGCUGCUUCUUACACUCCUUCUUUCUCCGCUGGAUUCUCCUGGAGCAUUGAGAGCUCCUGGUCCUUCUGCUCCAAAUAA